AUGGCGCUGGAAUUCAGGGAAGGAUCAUUCCAAGAAGAAAGACGGCAUGUACAUAGGGAGUUAGAAAACUUGGAAGCUGAAUCAUUAUCAGAAUCGUUACCAGAGGGAUUCAAUGUUGAAAAGAGUUAUACUUCCAAGAGAGGUUUACGAGCAGUCUACUCUAGGACGAGCGGAAUAAUGCCUAUCUUCUUAUCUGUAGUCAGUGGAUCUAUUUGGGGAGUUCUAGGUAGGAAAGGAUUAAUGGCUCUCACAACAUAUAACGGUUCAUUUCUUUCUGGUGUAAUAUGGGCCAAUUUCGCUGCUUGUAUUGUUAUGGGCAUGGCAGUUGACAGUACCAACUUAUGGAGAGAACUAAUUGACUCGGGAGAUUACGCGAAUAAAGGUAUAAUUGGUGUUUAUGUUGGUAUCACGACGGGAUUUUGUGGGACUCUUUCUUCCUUCUCUUCAGUGAUGCUAGAAGCGUUCAAUAAGUCUGCUGAUACCUUACCAGGUGAUUACUACUCUUACCCCAAUUCAGCAUAUGGAAUAAUGGAAUUCUUGUCAGUUAUAAUAGCACAUAUGUGCUUGUCAUUGACUGGCUUUCAGAUAGGUAAGCAUCUCAUUGACGUGGUUGAUCCUGCUUUGCCUGUUCUAAGUAAGAAAUUUUACAGGACUUUGGAAAAAUUGUGGAUAAUUCUUGGUUUGGCUGCAUUCAUUAUUAUAAUUGUAUUGAUCGGUGUUAAAAACGAUGGUUCAUGGAGAUCGUGGACAUUUGCAUGUUUUUUUGCUCCUUUUGGUGCCUUAUCUCGCUUCUUCCUCUCUAAAUACCUAAACCCUAAGAUUAAGAAUUUUCCGUUAGGUACUUUCACAGCCAAUUUGUGGGGUACUUUGCUCCUAGCCAUAUUUACUUUAUUGGGAAGAGGAAAACUACCUGGCAAUACACUGUCUCAAAUCGUGACCAAUGUUCUCAGUUGUCAUGUUUUGACUGGUUUAGACGAUGGCUUUUGUGGGGCGCUAACAACGGUAAGUACCUUUGUUGUUGAAUUGUUUGGUUUGAACACGCUACAUUCCUAUAGAUAUGGUUUUUAUUCGAUUGCAAGUAGCUAUAUUGUGACAAUGUUAGUUUUGGGUAGCUAUAAUUGGACUGUUGGGCUAACGAACCCUGUCUGCUAA